AUAACACAAGCCAAUGUAAACUGACUUGAAACAUUUUUUAAGUGUCAAGGUUUCCACGUUUUUAAGAAGCUCGGCUAAGUCUUACGAAAUGCAUAACCAGCACUAGCUUCUGUGUUAGCUGAUAUUCGUUCGUCUUUUAAGUUGACUCGACAAUAAUACUCUAACUUGACUUGGUUUUCGAAUUUUUUCUAAAUCACUUUUGAUAUCUGUAAUUAGCUUGCUGACAGAUAAACUUUACUUGUUGUGCUAAUACUACUUCGAAGUAGACUAGCUAAAUUAGCCGCUAACGCAGCUAACAAGCUAAAUUGGCUAACUUUGUGUGGCCCGGAGCGAUGUAGUCCGUCCAAGCUAGCUAGCUUACUGUAGCUAGCAAGUUUACUGCUAGCUACUUUUGCUGAGGAAGACAAACGUAUUUAUAAGCUAACAUCGGCACGCUGAUUUAUCUGGUGAACUACACUUAUGUACAGGCUUUGUCACUCGGAACUGCCUAAGUUCUGUGGCUGGGUAUUCUAUGUAUCUUGAAUGCGAAAGCUUUCUUUUCGGAAUCUGUUGGUUGGCUAGCAAGCGUUAGCCAGCUAUCUUUGGUCGUGCGAGAGCGCCGUUUAGCUAUCUGGUUUUCUUCUUGCUAGAAGUUCUUGCUAGUGCUAGAACAAUCCAGAACCACUAACAUCAGUCAGCUUGUUGUAGGAGUUGCAAUAAAAUAAUUGGAAACCAGUCUUAAAGUAUUACUUUUAAGAGUUGGCAAGAGCGUGUAAGUAUUAAAGCAGAUCGACGUUUUAUCCGCUGGCUAGAAUAGCUGAUCGUUGAAAUGUUGUGGAGUUGUUGCUAGCAAACUCUACAAAGUCUUGAGCCAGCACAACUGUACGUUCAGUCUAGUACUAGUAGUAGGGUUAUCGAAUAACUAACCGGUUUAGUAUCGGGAAUAUUGCCGUCACAAUAAAGUACGCAAAAUAGCUUUCGGGCCAAAAUUGUCCAGCGUACACAGACAAGUCAGACAAGUUAACCAGCAAUGUGAAGAAUGAGAUUUGUGAGUUCGAAUGUGGAUGAAACGUGGUCUACCUUAGCCCGCUAAGCUACAUCCUACAAUGGCGUUAGUUUGGCAUCACUGGCUACAGUUACAUAGCGACGGUACGUGGGAGGCCAGCAGCACGGUGUGUGAGCCGGACGCCCUCUACGACACCGCGGCCCUGGUCUCCCCGCCCAACCCGGAGCCGCACAUCCGGAACCGCCGCCUCUCCCCCGGCUCGGGGGAGUGCGGCGGGGGAGGGGGCGGCGGCAACCGGGUCCGCGGCAAGCCGGAGACGCCCCCGCCCGAGCACGGCCCCGCCUCCGGCAGGGAUGCCGAGCACAGGGCCCACCCGAAGGGGCGCGCCCUGCGGAAGGUUCCGGAAGGGGCCCGGGCGGCCCGAGCGAGGAGGGGGGAGAGGGAGAGGUGGGCGGGGGACGGGCUGUCGCUGCUCAAGCCCCCGCCCGCGUUCCCGGUGCAGGACAGCCCCGCCAAGCUUCAGCCGGCCGUCAGCUACGCCUCCAAGGUCAAGUCGGGCGGGGCAGGGGGCGGGGCCGAGGACCCCCCGGCCAUCGGAGUGCUGCUCCAGAACCAGUGGGGGCUCAGCUUCAUCAGCGAGGGGCCCCAAGCACAGAACGGGCCCACUUUUGGAGGCCCCCCUUGCUCUCCUGUGGACCCCAUCGAUGAAACCCCUGCUCCAGAGACUCACACUCAGACCCCGCCUCCUGUCACGCCCCCUCUUCCCAUCAGCCAAUGUCGAGAAGAGAUUGACAGCUCAGGGGAGCUGCUGCUUGGCUGUCGCCACCUAGUGGAGGCGUUGCGGUAUCACACUCAAGAAUGGGGUGCACUCGACAGCAAGCAGAAACGAGGGUCUGCCACGAUCAUCUGGUACAAGAACUCUGCAGAGCAACCAGCUUAACACACACUGACAUGCUGCACACACGCGCGCACACACACACACUGACAUGCUACGCGCACACAAACACAAACCCUGACGUGCUACUCAUGCGCGCACACACAGACAUGCUACACACACACUCAAACACUGACGUGCUACUCACGCGCACACACGCAGACAUGCUACACACACACAGACAUGCUACUCACGCACACACACUGACAUGCUACACACACACUCAAACCCUGACGUGCUACUCACGCGCACACACACAGACAUGCUACACACACACUCAAACACUGACGUGCUACACACACACACACACACAGAUAUGCUACACUCACGCGCGCACACACGGACAUGCUACACUCGCACACGCACGCACGCAAACAAAUGCACACAGUUAAGUAUUUACUAGGGGUGUUGAUCGUUUACCAUUUAAACUUUUAAACGAUACGUUUUUUUAAAUGAUAUUCCACAAACAGCGAAACGUUAAUUUGGUACGUGAUGUUUUCCUUCGCCACAAAUGUUUCUGUCCCCCUUCACAAGAUGAAGAUAAGUUCUUCAGAUUUUCCUCAUUCAAAGAAAAGACGUGCCAGUUUCCUGCAUCGUCUCAAAGGAGCGGUUUUGUUUUUCAGUGAAUCGGGGAAACUGCAGAUUUCCAGACCUUAAAUGUCUGGACUUGGGGGUAUGACGUAGGUGCACCCACAGCUGAUAGCUGGAGAGAUAGGCUGGGACUUGGUAAACUUUUGUCCUCAAUUUUUGUAGUUAGAAUUUUUGUUCACAGAAUCGAUUUGGCAAGUUGGCUUUAGCGAUAGCUGAACUUGCUAAACUGUUCAGUGAACAAAACUGUACCUUUGUUUUGUAGUUGUGGGCAAAUGUUGAUUGAAUCCUGGCAAAAGUUUAGCGGUAAACCCAAAUACGAGUAGCCCCUGGGACGGCUAGGGCCUAAAAAUCAGCAUUUCCUGAUUUUUGUCUGGAAUAAUCGCCAGUUUCAAUUUGGUCCAAAAGAAGAAACAAAAAAUACAAUUAUUUUAAUGUACUGCUGUUUUUGGAGUUUCAUUUGUAAUCAGCAUGGUUUCUUCCCCCUUUCAACCUUAAAUCUGCCAGUAGCUUUUUUAAAAGUUGCACAUAUAUAUUGACAGUGAUUGGCUGCAGGCAGGCCCCAUACACUUUGUGUCAGGCCCAAACUCCAUAAUGCCUCUCGCAGUAGGAGUGCUUAUCCAGGAUCAGUUGAGCCUUUUUGUCUCGUAAUGGGAAAGGUUAUGAUGCACAUUGCCCUGCUUGAUCCCAGGUCAGCACUCCUGCGCUUGCCAUGCUUUGCCAAGGCAAGUCCAGGUCGCCAGAAAUUAGAAAGUGGUACCCGUGUGAGAAAAGGCAUUUUCUUCUUUGCUUGCUUUCAUCACUGUUAAACACACAAACCAAUUACCGGUAUUUCCUGAGAGAUUUUAUACAUCUAGUUAUCGUUUAAACGGUUAAUUAUUUCGUUAAUUUUUUUCCGCGUGUCAACACUCUUGGUAUUUACCCCGUUGCACGAAUGCGCUGUGCACUGACUCACACGAAACGAACACGAACACGUACGCGCGCGCGCCCGCGCCCGCGCUCACACGCUCCGGACUAAUGUCUUGAAAGGAGAAGGACGACCAGAAUUCUCCGACGCCUUACAACAGAGCCUGCCUCAAAUCGGACCUGGAGUUCUGCUUACGCCUCGCAGCGAACGUUCAGCCUUUGGGGACUUCCUUUUUAAAAUCUUCGUCGAGAGCCGUCAUUUUAACGUAACGGACUGCGGUCUUAUUGUAGAGACGUCUUUUUUUAAAGUCCUCCCUGAAAUGCGAGUGAUCAAUCAAGCACUUUCUGAUCCGUUGUAACCUGGUUUGUUGUACUCCACCCGACUGUUUUUUUUUUUUUUUAUGAGCACAGCUUUGAAAUGUAAUAAUUAUAAUUGUUUCUUUUUUGCUCUUUUUUACACUGGAAACGAAUGGUCGUUUCUACUGAGUUUACAUACACACGGGCUCUGAUACAAUGUCGCUGUCCGUGAAGCCGAGUCACCUAUUGUUGAUUUUUUUUUUUUUUUAAAACCCUGUCGGGAUUGUGGUCAUGGAUAAUUGCCUUUGAUUUGAACUACACUGGAAGAGAUUGAGAAUUUAAGUGAACAGUAUUUCCUAAUAAAAGUGAACUAAAGAUAUUGUA